AUGUAUCAAGACGAUAUGAGUCCAUCUGUAGGAAGUUCAGGGGAUAGUUUUCCUGAACCUCCGAAACCCAUGGCAGAACUCUCCAACUCCAAACAAGCAGUUAAGAACUUCUCAAGAACAAACCCUUCCGAUACAGCUCAUUCUCCUUCAAAACCCGAUCGCAUAUCCAAACACGUAACCUUCCUCGAUACACCUAUUAAUCACAUCAUCCCUAGCACUCACGAUGAAACCUCCCAGUUUCUCCCGAACAAUCUUCAAGAAUCCUCAACGAAUUAUCCUUCCAGAACUUCAGAGACAAAUAACAACCCAGAAGACCCAGAAGACUCACUCGAAGAAAAUCAACCUCAUCUCACCAUCUACACUAGCUACUCAACCACGCGAAACCUAUUUUUGAAAAGCACAAUCGACUGGAACGGUCUCGCCAAAGCCCACCGAACUCCCGAAAUCGAAACGAUCAGCACAUUUCUCAAUCAUCACGAACACUAUCCCCAUCUGCAUCCCGAUAAAACUCUCACGUUCCUCCAAACCAACAACGAAUCAUCUCAAUCCGAGUCCGACACCUUCAAAACCUUCUUCAACGCCCUCGAAAAAUCUUUCCCCCAAUAUGAUUUCGAAACUCUCCAAAGAGCAAUCGAUAUCAUGGCCCUGGAGCAAGGAAAAACUGCCACAAACAGCGCUCCGUCAUUCAUACUUCUCUACGCGCUUCUGGCGCAAAUCUGGCAUGCGGGUGCGACGAUGAGAGAUGCGUGGAUGAAAUUCCAGCAUGUGGGUUUCGUGAUGAGUUUUGGGAAUUUUUCCAUCUUGAUGCGACAAGCGGAGGUUUUUAAACUGGGAGAUGGGUCCGAGAGGAAUGUUCUGCUUCUGACGGAAUCUUUUUGUGAAAUUGCAGAGAGGGAGAUGCAGAUGCAUCAAGAUAGAGAAUGUGAGGAGGAACUAUCCUCGCAGCUUGCGGAAAUGUUUUCUACGGUACUCCCGCAUAUAUAUUUUGGAGCGUGCGGAUGGAGUCAUGCGCUGGAGAUUUUUAAUCUGCAUCUUGGUGUGAAACUUAGUUUGCGCAGGUUUAAGAAAUAUGUUAUUCCCGUUGUGGCGGGGAGGAUGAGAGCGCAUGAUGAGAGACAUACGGCGCGGAUCAGGAGAGUGUUGAAGAAGGAGGCGGUGAGGACGGGGGUGGAAAUUACGCCGGGAACGUUUUGUGGAGUGUUUAAUGGGAUGACGGGGUUUGAGCUUGAGGAGGUGGUUCUGAGGGAUGUGCAGAAUUAUUUGUUGGGGUCGUGGAGGGUGUGA